GAAAAAUCAUCUUCUAUUUAUAAGAAAAAGAAAAAUGACGGCUUCUUUGAAACAAUACCUAUGUUCCGACACCUUGAUGUAUGGAAUGAACCAUUAAAAGUUUAUCCUGAUAGAUUUUAUAAUGAUUUAGUGAACAAUAAAGAAAGAGUAAAUGAUAAAUAUGAUAUUAAAAUUUUAUUUACGAUGUUUGGAGGUGGAUUACGAAUAUGCCCUGGAAGAAAAUUAGCAAUAAUCGAAUUAAAAUGUUUAAUGGCCAUGGUUUAUAGAAAAUAUGAUGUUGAAUUAGUUGAUAUUGAUGCACUACUUAAAACUAAUUUUAGUGUUUUUAUUACAUGUAAAGAGUUAUUAUUCAGAUUAAAAUUAAGAAAAUAG